UUUUUUUAAAAUAAGAAAUGAAAUUCUUGGUUUUUCUAUUUUUGGCCACGUCAGUGUCGGCUAGUUUCACCGACGAUGUUUACCAGAUCCUGUCCAAGGAGGAUGCGGACAAAAACAUAAUUUCCUCACCUCUCUCCCUCGAAAUUGUUAUGGCCAUGCUGUAUAUGGGAUCCAAUGGAAACACGGCUAAGGAAUUACAAGCGGCUCUGAAACUGCCUGGGGAAAAGAAAGAUGUGGCCAAGAAAUACAAGGAUUUUUUCUCAAAUCUCCAUGGUCGUGAGAAGGUUGCUAUUCUUGAGCUGGCCAAUCGCAUUUAUGUCAACGAUCAGUGGAGUUUAGUGCCAGAGUUUAAUAAGAUUGUGGCUGACUCCUUCAAAGCCGAGGCAGUGCCCAUUAACGUACGUAAUCCCAAAUCUGCGGCAGCGACUAUUAACUCUUGGGUCUCUGGGCAUACGCGGAACAAAAUAACUGAAAUUGUGACUUAUCGAGACAUAACUCCUGAUUUAGUCAUGGUUCUUAUAAAUGCCAUUUACUUCAAAGGCGAUUGGCAGUAUAAAUUUAACAAAGCUAAUACUAAGAAGAACAUUUUCCGAACUUCUUCGAAUCAAGAACUUCAGGUUGACAUGAUGUCUAUGGAUAAUAUAUAUAUUAAGGCCAAUAAGUUCGCCGACUUAGAUGCCAAGGUUAUUGAACUUCCAUAUCGAAACUCUAGCCUCUCCAUGCAAAUAUUCCUGCCAAACCGUAUUGAUGGUCUUAGUAAAUUGGAAAGCCAGAUCGGAGGCUUCGACCGAGCUCUCCGUCAACAAAAUGUGGACAUCGUAAAAAUUCCAAAAUUUAAAAUUGAGUUUGAAAAAAAACUCGUCAAUGUUCUUAAAAAGUUGCGAAUUCAAUCGGUAUUUGGCAACGAUGCUGACUUGAGUGGCAUGGUUUUAGGGCCAACUAAAGUCAGUAAAGUUCUACAAAAAGCAUAUCUGGAAGUCAACGAGGAAGGUGCUGAAGCAGCAGCAGUAACAGCUGGUAUGAUGGUAACACUUUCCAAAUGUGUGGGCUGUAGUAUAUCGACAUUUAUAGCCGAUCAUCCUUUUGCCUUCUUAAUUCGAGAUGGGAAGACAAUUUAUUUCCAAGGACACUUUGUUAAGCCAUAAAAUAUAAAUAAUGUUAUCAUUUUAUGGAAUGAUGCGAAAUGUAAUCACAGCAAAAGUUUCGAUUACUACAAUAAAUCAGUUAAUGGAUUUUCAAUGGCUUAUUA